GAUCUUUUGUGUUGAAGAGCUUUGGGUCUGCUAAAUCAUGUUUGUUGUGGUAAAUGCUAUUGAAAGGUAGAGGAAAACGUUUGCAGCGCGCAUAGGAGUUUGAUGGCAUAUCUGCUACUGAAGUAGUUUCCGUGCCAGUAAAUUGAAGAGAACUUUUGAUAAUACUGUUAGCAGAAUGUCAAAGGCACCGUGUGAGGUUUCAAGUAAUGUGCCAAGUAACGAGGAAAUUAUAGCGGAAUUAACUAAAGAUCUGGAACAGUGCGCAGUUAAAACGAAUUCUGUGAACGGUGACACACCUUCUACAGUAGAGCAUGGUAGUGUUGGCUCUAUAUUGACUACACCAGUAAAUUGUGAUGCCGCAAUUAUCAGCAGUGUUUCGGACGAGAAAGCGAAAGAAGGCAAGGUAACAGAUGAUGCUUAUAGGUCGGACGAUGAUGAAUCAAUCCUGCACGACGAUUAUGAUACAGUUGAUGAAGAGGCUCUUAAAAUCGCAGAAGCUACUUAUUCGGACGACGAGAAGAAGGAAAAGAAAGAUGAAGCAGAGAAAAUAAAAUUAUCUGCAAAUGAUUUGUUUAAAGAAGGCAAACACAAGGAAGCUGCUUUAAAAUACACGCUCGCCUUACGGACUUGUCCACUAAAGUAUGAGCACGACAGAGCCAUCUUAUACUCCAAUCGAGCAGCAGCAAAAAUUAAAAUGGACUUGAAGAAAGAAGCUGUUGAAGAUUGCAGUAAAGCCAUUGAAUUAAAUCCAACAUAUGUGAAAGCACUCUUGCGUAGGGCACAGGCACAGGAGUCACUAGAGAAACUUGAUGAAGCCUUUGAGGAUUACAAAAAAAUACUUGAGAUUGAGCCAAGCCACAAAGAAGCAAAGGCAGCUGUUCAGAGAUUACCAUAUGAGAUAGAACAGAGAAAUGAAAAAUUGAAAACGGAGAUGCUAUCAAAACUGAAGGAUUUGGGUAACAUGAUACUUCGACCAUUCAACCUUUCAACUGAAAAUUUUGAACUCAAGAAAGAUCCAAACUCUGGUGGCUAUUCAGUUAAUUUUAAGCAGAAUCCAAGAUGAAAAAUUGUGAUAAUGAAUGUAAUUUAUUGGCACAUGGACUGUUGUACAAUUUUAACAGUUCUUUCUUGUGACUGCAUCUUUCUGUGAUAUAUUAUAUGAUAUUACAAUAUACACCAAAAUAAAUAAAAUCUACUCAUGAUGCUAGUCAGUGAAAGCUAAUUUUGAAGAUACAAGUCAGGACCAUUAUUGCUUGUGAUACCAUUUUAUUAAGUUUAUUGUUUUUAAGACACAUGUAGUAUUAGCUAAAUAGUAGGGCUGUUGGUGUAAUAAGAAUCCUAAUUGCAAGUGUGAAAAGUUAGUGUUUUCCUUCAGCACUUCAAAUUAGUUGCAAAUAUGUACUUAUUGUGGAUUUGGCAAAUAACAGACAAAUAUGACUUCAUUGAAGUAUUAAUGUAGAUAAGUUAUUAAAACAGAUGAAACUAUGUUAGUUUGUUAAAUGUUGUGGAAACCAGUGAUUAACAUUGUGUGAGCACAUAUUAUACUGCCAUAGUUUUUCAUCAGUUCAUGAAUUGUUUUCAAGGCAGAACUGUUAUAUAUAAAUAGCAGUUCUUGUGAUAUCAUAUCAUUAUAUGAUUUUGGGUAGAAGGUGCUGAGGAGUAUUAC